AUGGCACCCACCAAUCUGUCCCAUCGGAGGACGCACAAUCUUCUGCUGAUCUCUAAGCUGUUGAGUCUGAGGGACACUACAUCUCCUUUAACCCUGCUUCAAGAUUCGCUGGAGCAACCGGCCACUCCGUUGAUCAAGGAGUAUAUUAGACGCGCCAAGCUCUCCAAAGUGCAUGUCACGUUUAUUUCCUAUGAAACAUUAAAGAAACCCGAUGGUGUUGAUGCUUUCAUUGCCACCCGCCGGAAAACGCCGACCGAGGUUGUCAGAGAAGCCAGCGCCGCUUAUCAACCAGGCGUUGGUGCAGAGACGCCAAGACGUCGUCUCAUCAUUAUUGACACCGUCAAUCCUCUUCUGAACUCGAAGACAUUAGAAACUGGAUUCCAUCUUCCCUCAUUUCUUGGCUCUUUCAUCGCCCCUUCGGGCCCAGCGGGUGGUAAGGCUGAGGCUUCGCUUGUAGUGACAUAUCACCAAGACAUUCCUGCGCAGUCUCAGCUGAACCAUUACUCACCUCCACCACUGUCAAUCUUAACAUACCUGGCGACCAGUAUCAUUACGCUUCAUUCGUUUUCCCAUAUAUUGGCGCGAAAAGCUGCUCGUGAUCGCAGCUUGGCCGCGCCAUCGUUUGGGCUGGAGGAAGAACAGGACGGCGUCCUUCUCAGCAGAUUAGACAAGCUUGCUGGUACCGGCGCCGCCGAGGGCGUCGUGCUCGAGUUGGAGCACCGGCGCAAAAGUGGUCGCGGGGUGUUAGAGUGGUACCUUCUUCCACCAGCCUCGAGAUACUCACCACAGCAUGUGAAGGAGGUUGUCACCCUGUUGGAUGACAAUGUCCUGUACAACCCUCCGACAGACAUCAAAGCCAGCCACGAUAACGAUGAGCCACAAUCGACAUUCGAAUUGGGUCUCACGGAUCGGCAAAGGCGAGACAGAGAAGGGGUGGUUUUGCCCUACUUUGACGCUCAGCAGGGUAAUGGUCCGGGAGAAGGUGGUCGCAUUCUCUACGACAUGGGCGAAGAGGAUGAUUUCGACGAGGAAGAGGAUGAAAUAUAA